GUAUAAAUACUGAUCUAAACUUAGUAAGAUAAUAAUCAAUCAUCGACAACCAUCAUGUUCAGUUUGUUCGUAGGUUUUCUAUUCUUCUCAUUCCUUUAUCAGGUGAACUGCUAUGGAUACGAUACUGGAUAUUAUGGUCUAGAUGACAACCAUGGUUACGAUUAUGGUGGAUUUGGAUAUGGAGGUAUUGACCAUGGAUAUGGUGGAUAUGGAUAUGGAGGUAUUGACCAUGGAUAUGGUUGAGAUGGAUAUGGAGGUAUUGACCAUGGAUAUGGUGGACAUGGAUAUGGAGGUAUUGACCAUGGAUAUGGUGGAUAUGGCUAUGAUUGUGAUGAAUAUGGAUUUCCUCUACAUGACUAUGGUUAUAGUGGAUAUGGAUCUCCUAGCAACCAUAAGACAAGCUAUAAAAAGAAAAGAUCUACCUAUUCUACCCCGGGUUAUGGAAACUCUCCCUCCACCUAUGGAAACUCAUAUGGAAGCUCUUUUGGAAACUCCUAUGGAAGCAAGCCAUCUACCGAUGGAAGCUCUUAUGGAAACUCCUAUGGAAACUCCUAUGGAAGCAAGCCAUUCACCUAUGGAAGCUCUUAUGGAAACUCAUAUGGAAGCAAGGUUUCUACCUAUGGAAGCUCUUAUGGAAACUCAUAUGGAAGCAAGCCAUCCACCUAUGGAACCUCUUAUGGAAACCCUUAUGGAAGCAAGCCAUCCACCUAUGGAACCUCUUAUGGAAACUCUUAUGGAAGCAAGCCGUCAACUUAUGGAAGUUCCUACGGAUCUUCUUAUGGAAAUGAACCCUCUUAUGGUUCCUAUUCUGGAAAUUCCUAUGGUUUUAACACUGCUCCCUAUGGGUAUAGCUCAUAUUGAUAAUUAUGUAUAAGAUAUGUAAGAUUUUAAAUUAAAACUGAAUAAUACAUUUUACAGAUUUUAAA